AUGGAAAUAAGCGAGGUGCAGGCGGUGCGGCCCGUACGGCUCACACAGCUGCAGGGCCCUUCGAGUCAGGUCCCGAGCGCUCAGCGGCUGUCCUCGGCUGCAGCAUCGCCAACUGCCACAGAGCCACCGGCAGCAACGCGACUCGAGCAGCACCGUGCGCGUGGCUGCGUGCCAACAGCGCACGAGGAGCCGCACACGCGGGACUCGAGCCAGAUAACGCCGGUACGCGCAGACAAAGGGCAAGCAUCUGGAACGUGUCACAGCGGGUUAGCGUUACGCGCAGCCCUCGCAGCGAGGCUCCCGGUCAGACGCGCCGCGCCGCGGGCACUCGCAUCGCCGCCCAGGGCAUCAAUAGCGGCGGGCGGGAGCUUCGAGGCAUGCGCCGUGCGGGAAACGGGGCCGGACCCCGCGGGGUGCUCCCGGGCCGGGCCCGGAAAAGCGGGGCCGCCCGGCCCGCGUCCCGCAGCCCGCCCUGCCCUGACGGGAUCCCACGAGGGCAUCGGCCCGGCCCGGCGCAGAGCGGGGCCUCCCCGGGGACGGGCUGCAGGGGAAGCGCCAAGGGACCGCAGAGGAGGCAGAAGACGAGCGAGCCGCGCCGAUGCCCAACGAAAGGCUGCGCGGGACCGGCCGCGGUGCAUCGGGGGGUGGGGGCGCGAGGGAGGCUCGGGGACACGCGCGGGACUCACUCACGCGGCCGCCGCGACACACCGGAGUUUUGCCCGCUGCCGCCUUUUGCCGACCGCCCCUCCGCGACCAAUCCCGGCCCUCGGCGGAAGCCGCGGCCGCGGCCAAUGGGACGGCGGGCCGCAGGGAGGAGCGCUGCUAUUGGACGACGGCGGGGGAGGCCCGCCCCGAGCGGCGGCGAUGGCGGGCUGCGCGCUUGUGGCUCUGCUUCCUGCCGUCCUGCGGCCGCGGGGUCGCACCCACGUCUGUCAGCGCGGGGAGAGAGGUUGGAUCUGUAAGAUGAAGCCAAAUGACAACCCAGGCCCGAGAAGAACGUUGCUUAAGGCUGACAAGCAAUUGCCAAAGCCAACCUCUGGGAGCUCUCCAAGAAAGGAUCAAAACCUUGCUGUGAGACUGCAUCCACUGCUGCCAGAAUCUGCAGGUGAAUCAAUUUUUUUGUUGUUGACAGAUCUAAAAUAG